AUGGCACGCGUUCAAGGUUCAUUUAUAUUAAUGCGUGAUUCAAAAAAUAAUGAGAGCAAACGAAUCUCUCAUGUACGAGUACGUCCUAUGAGUUCGCCUAACCCAAUGCGUCCAAAAAUCACCGAAUUGUCUAAAAGAAAACGCCAUUCUAUCGAUGACGUCCGUUUACUAAAAUCCUAUUCAAGUAACGAUGAGAAUGGUAGUACUGUCCAACAAUUUCAAACAACUGCGAGCACAAUACGUUCGGAUGAUCUCUAUGAUUCCGAUCUUAAUUCAGACAAUGAGGAUGCACGACAGAAUCAUCACACUGCCAAAGGAUUAUAUUUCUAUAACUGUAAAAAUCAAGGUGUCCCAUCGUCGUCUGCGUUCAUAAAUAUUCUUGAUUCAGCAAGUUCAUGUGUUGAAAUGCGUUACGCAGCCAUGAAACCAGUUGACAUCAAAGUAAUGAUACCAUCCUUGAAAAUAAGUACAACAAUUACAAAAUUAGAUCUAGCUGGUAAUGGUUUUGGAUCGAUUGGUACAACUUAUCUAGCAAAAUUAAUAAAAGAUAGUGAAUAUAUAGUAGAGUUAGACCUCUCUUACAAUGAUAUUGGACUAACAGGUAGGACCUUUCACUUUCAGAUUACAUCAUCAUAGCUGGGACACCUUGCUUUCAGGACUAGUCUGAAAGAGCCGAGAUUGUCCCAGGGACCACCUUGAGAGGAACAGACGAUGCUGGUUGACCAGUCUGCCAUUUACAACUGCAGCGCCUACCAACUUUUCAUGAUAUGAUGCACCAGCGCCAUCAGUUCAAAUAAACUCGAAAGACCGUUACAUAGGACGCGGGCUUGAAUGUAGAUAUAGGCAUGUGUGAACAUAGGUGUGGGUACCAGUAUGGGUGUAGGCGUACUUACACUAGAGACAGAAGAAGAUGCAGUUCCGUACUCACACUCAUAUUCAAUACACCUAUGCCCGCACUCACUCUCACGCCAUAGUUAAGUGCUACAAUAAGAGAAGCGACUACAAACCGGUCGGUAAACUUUUCAUACCAGGACCGGUCUAAGCGGUUGAUGGUUUACCCCUAUUUUUGUGUACUCGAAAAGUGAGUACACUCUAGAAUCGGUCAGUGUGUCCGGCCGUCUGGCCGUUUACACGAUAACUUUCGAAAGAAAAGUCUGAUCACGAUGAAAUUUUGUACACAGUUCAGUCUUUACAAUAUCUCGGUCGAGUUCGAGAAUGAACAGGAUCGGCCGAGUCGUUCUUAAGUUAUUACAAAAAUGCCGGUUUUUUCCCCUAUGGCUUCCUUAGAGAAAUCGACAUAUCCGCACUUUCAUCAAACACUUUCCCUAUCAUAGUCAACUAUGUCCUCAACUAUUAUUAGGGAUGCAACGGUGACGAUAACCGGUCUAAUCGGUAACCGGUCUAACGGUAACCGUUCGACCGGUAACCGGUGUGAACCGGUAACCGUUUCACCGGUAACCGGUGUGAACCGGUAACCGUUUCACCGGUAACCGGUGUGAACCGGUAACCGUUUCACCGGUAACCGUUCAACCGGUAACCGGUGUGAACCGGUAACCGGUAUGAACCGGUGACCGUUCAACCGGUAACCGGUUCAGAUC